CGGAAGAAUCUUCGCAGACGUCACGACGACACUCAGAAUUCUGCUCAAAUUUUCAAUUCCCGAGAAGAAAACGUGCAGUCGAAGUCGUAAGCAAGUAACCAUUAUCACCAUUCUGUUUUGGUGUUCCCCUAAAUCCUCUACGCAUCGUCCUCGACCUCGAGCUCCACCCAAUUGCCACCAACUGUAUCUCAUCUUGAAUCGCCUUAUUCGGAGCUAGGGAUUUAAAUGGGUACCCACGAGGAAGAGCGAUUGCUGAUCGAGGAUGGUCUUGUUCAGAGUGAAAACAAUGCAUUGUAUACCGGUGAUGGCUCUGUCGACAUUAAAGGAAACCGUGUUCUGAAGAACACCACCGGAAAUUGGCGAGCGUGCCCCUUCAUUCUCGGGACUGAAUGCUGCGAGCGCUUGGCUUAUUACGGGAUUGCGACUAAUCUUGUUAGUUAUCUUACCAAGAAGUUACACGAAGGGAAUGUGUCGGCUGCUAGAAAUGUGACUACUUGGCAAGGCACCUGUUACCUAACUCCCCUUAUCGGCGCAGUUCUUGCAGAUUCCUAUUGGGGACGAUACUGGACAAUAGCCGUCUUCUCGACAAUUUACUUCUUUGGAAUGUGCAUCUUGACGAUGUCGGCUACCAUACCUUCACUUAAACCUCCCGAAUGCGUUGGUUCAGUGUGCCCUUCCGCCACGCCCGGUCAAUAUACGGUAUUCUUCUUUGGAUUAUAUCUUAUAGCGCUUGGAACGGGAGGGAUUAAGCCGUGUGUUUCGUCGUUCGGCGCUGAUCAGUUCGAUGACACUGACUCUGUCGAAAGAGUUAAAAAGGGCUCCUUUUUCAAUUGGUUUUAUUUUUCCAUCAACAUUGGCGCUUUCGUAUCGAGUACUGUAAUCGUGUGGGUUCAAGACAAUGCAGGAUGGGGGCUCGGCUUCGGCAUCCCGGCUUUGUUUAUGGGAAUUGCGAUUGUAAGCUUCUUCGCCGGGACCCCUCUUUACAGGUUUCAAAAACCCGGCGGAAGCCCUCUCACCCGAAUGUGUCAGGUUCUCGUUGCAACUUGUCGUAAACGGAGUUUUCCGGUACCCGACGAUAGCAGCCUUCUUUAUGAAACACCCGAUAAGAGCUCUGCUAUAGAAGGAAGUCGGAAAUUGCUGCAUACUGAUGAGUUACAGUGUCUCGACAAAGCGGCAAUAGUUGGGGAAGAAGAAACCCGAACCGGAGAUUACUCCGACCGUUGGAAGCUCUGCACGGUGACGCAAGUCGAGGAGCUGAAAAUCUUGAUACGCAUGUUUCCGAUCUGGGCGACUGGAAUUGUGUUCGCCGCCGUAUAUGCACAAAUGUCGACGAUGUUCGUUGAGCAAGGCAUGGUGAUGGACACAAGCAUCGGCUCCUUCCAAAUACCCGCAGCCUCGCUAUCGAUGUUCGACGUCAUCAGCGUCAUCGUCUGGGUCCCCGUCUACGAUGCGCUUCUUGUUCCGAUCGCCAGAAAGCUCACCGGAAAAGAACGGGGUUUCUCUGAGCUACAAAGAAUGGGCAUCGGCCUGUUCCUCUCCGUCCUCUGCAUGUCGGCGGCUGCCAUCGUCGAGAUACGGCGGCUGGCGCUUGCUCGGGACCUCGGGAUCUCGGACAAACCCGUCGCAGUUCCGAUGAGCAUUUUCUGGCAGGUGCCGCAGUACUUCCUGCUCGGGGCUGCUGAGGUGUUCACGUUCAUUGGCCAGCUCGAGUUCUUCUACGAUCAGUCGCCGGAUGCCAUGCGCAGCCUGUGCAGCGCGCUGGCGCUACUGACGACGUCGUUGGGGAAUUACUUGAGCUCGCUCAUACUGACGGUUGUGACGAGUUUAACGACGCGCGGAGGGCAGACUGGGUGGAUACCGGAUAACUUGAACGAGGGUCGGCUCGACUGCUUUUUCUGGCUGCUGGCGGGGCUGAGCUUCGUCAACAUGGUGAUCUAUGUGUUUUGCGCCAAAGUAUACAAGUCGAAAAAAUCAUCGUGAAGGAAAAAGAGCGAAUAUGGUUUAAGAAGAAGAUGUUCAAAGUGUUGGAAGGUACAAAUCAAGAUUGUAAGUUAUUGGUUAUGUUUACUUUCUAUCUCAUCUCAUGUAUGACUUUUUUCAGUUAAGAUUUUACGUUACCCUGGAUAGGAUAGAGGUUGCGGAUUUUCGGGUUUACGGUGGCAAGUCAAUCUUAGUAUUACGGUUGAAAUUGAUUCGAAA